AUGCGUUUGACUGCUGUGCUGCUUGGUUGCUCGCUGUGGGUGUCGACUGUGCUUGCGGCGCCGACAGCGCUGGAGGAGAGGGCUGAUCUUGAACCCGCUGCGUUCGAUGACCUCCACCGCGCGGCGCAGCUCUCGUCGGCUGCGUACAGCGGGUGUAUUGGGAAAGCGUUUGAUGUGAAGAUCACGAAGAAAAUCAAUGAUCUUUUGACUGGUACUCAGGGCUAUGUCGGGUAUUCGACGGAGCGGAAGACGAUUGCGGUUGUUAUGAAGGGGUCAACUACGAUCGUCGACAUCCUCAACGACAUCGACACCACACCCAUCACCCCGAAACUCUCAGGAAUCUCCUUUCCAUCCGGCGUCAAGAUCAUGGCCGGCGUCUACAGACCCUGGUCCGCUGUGCACGACGAGAUCAUCGCCGAAGUCAGGGCCCUGAUCGCGCAGCAUCCGGACUACACGCUCGAGUCGACGGGCCACUCCCUGGGCGGUGCGCUGACCUACAUGUCGUAUAUCGCCCUGGCGCAGAAUUUCCCGGAGAAAGAUAUCCGCAGUAAUGCGCUCGCUGCGUUUCCCAUUGGGAAUCAGGAGUUUGCGGAUUUUGGGGACGCGCAGCAUGGGACGUUGGUUAGGGGAAAUAAUGUUAAUGAUGGGGUGCCGAAUAUGUAUAUCACUAUCCCAUGGCGUUUCAAGCACUAUGGAGUUGAAUACUACAGCGCCGGGCUCAGGGUCACUACCCGUCGGUGCAAUGGUCAACGCGAUUUGCAGUGCUCCGCCGGGAAUGGUGUCAUUGCUGUGACUCCGGGGCAUUUCCAGAAUUUUGGAGUUGGGCUUGGGUUGGCUGGGUGUGGAUUACUUAGUUGA